AAAAAAUAAAAGAGAUCUAGAUGGGAAAGCAAGAGGAAGUGAAGUUGCUUGGGAUAUGGGCGAGCCCUUUUAGCCGUCGGAUCGAGAUGGCUCUCAAACUCAAAGGCAUACCAUACGAGUACUUGGAGGAAGAUCUGGAGAACAAAAGCUCUUUGCUUCUUGCUCUCAACCCUAUUCAUAAGAAGAUCCCUGUUCUUGUUCACAACGGUAAAACCAUUAUCGAGUCGCAUGUGAUUCUCGAAUACCUCGAUGAGACUUGGAAACACAAUCCCAUUCUUCCUCAGGAUCCUUACGAGCGAUCUAAGGCUCGAGUCUUAGCUAAACUCGUCGAUGAACAAAUUGCAAAUGUGGGAUUUGUCUCACUGGCAAAAGCAGAGAAGGGAAGAGAGAUUCUAAUCGAGAAGACUAGAGAACUGAUUAAGUGUCUUGAGAAGGAACUCUCUGGAAAUGAUUACUUUGGUGGCAAGACUAUCGGAUUCUUGGAUUUGGUCGCGGGAAGUAUGAUCCCGUUUUGUAUGGAGAGGGCUUGGGAAGGAAUGGGAGUGGAAGUUAUUACAGAGGAGAAGUUUCCUGAAUACAACAAAUGGGUGAAGAAGCUGAAGGAGGUUGAGAUUGUGAGAGAUUGUAUUGCCCCAAGAGAAAAGCAUAUUGAACAUAUGAAGAAUAUGGGAGAGAAAAUCAGAUCGGCUUAAUUGAGAAAAAGCGUCUUUACCACUUUUUGUUGUUUUAGUUUACCAUAAUGUUUGCAGCGUUUGGUAACUCCAUUAUAAUAACGAUUUCCUUUACCAACGGCUAAAUUUGCUUCAUUUUUGUUGGUAUUAAGCGAAAAAAUAGCUGAAAGUUUUGAAAAGUAACACUGAGAAAAACAAGUUUACACUUGUUGGUUGUGAAGCAUCAAGCAGUACAAAGGCUAGUAGCUAUGAUCCAUACCACAAUGGUAAUGAGAAACACCGACCAUUGGCUUUUGGAAACAGAAGUGUUUUUUCUCUUAUAAAUGGACGAUGAAAAUGUUUUUCCAUCAAAAGAAAAAAAUUUAAUCAAGAAUAUUUACCCC